AUGGUUUGUUGUGCCACCCAUAGUGGAGUCGGUGGCGGAAGGAGUCACGAGUGCUCUAUCUGCCACAGGUGUUUCCCCACCGGACAAGCGUUGGGUGGACACAAGCGGCGUCACUAUGAAGGGGUUAUCGGCGGCGGUCGUGCCACCAGCAGCGGCGUCACCUCAUCGGAAGGCGUUGGUUCCACCAACAGUCAACGCGCRUUUGACCUCAACCUCCCUGCCAUGCCGGAAUUUCUUCCGGGAUUCGCCGACGACGAGGUGGAAAGCCCUCAUCCCGCCAAAAAGUCGCGACUUUUUCCGCCGGUGAAGAAGGAGACGAAUGAGAAGAAUACCUAA